AUGACAAGAGAGAGACAGAGUCAAUAUUGUUGUGGGAGAGUGAAAGAGAGGCGAAAUUCUACGCUAGGCUGCGGCGGAGGUCAGGGAACCACAAGCAAUAAUAAUAAAGCCGAAAUACAGUUUCCUUGUAGAGAUGUUCCUAUGCACAUAAAGAAAGAAGAUAAGAAGGCUAUAAGACGAAAUAAGAAGCCUAAGAGAGAGGCGUUGCGCGUAACAUAA